GCAGAUCCCGGCUGUUUUGUUACGAACUUCGCUACCUGUGAGCGCGAAAGUCUUUCCUCUAUAUGUCUGUCUCUCGCCUAGCUCUAAAGUUGCCCUCAACGUUCUUGCCUGCGUUCGUGCACAUUCUCCGCACUUCCAGUUCCUACUUUUCCACAUUUUGCUGCCUUCUGCACUUCCGCCCGACCUCUCGUCCUCUCGUAGCGCCUGCUUCGAUUCCUCCUUACUGGCCUGGUACCUCACAUCAGUCUCUCCGCUAGCUGAGACUUUUGUUCGAUCUCUUCUUAUUCGGUUGACUAGUGGGAAGAGGUCAGAGCUGCGUCGGCUUGGCCAAGAGUACGCGGUUGGUGUCCAGCAGGGAGGACUCUUUUCAUGUAGAAUCGGAGAAUAGCUUUGGGGCGGCGUUCACAUCGGCGAACAUCGUUGUGCCCUCGCUGCACAAGUAGUUUGGGUCAAACUGGUUUUACAGGAUUUCGGUGCCAAUUCUGAUGUGACAGUUGAUACUGGGGGCGGCGGAGGCAGGAUCUUCCGGGGCACAUACCGUGGUUUGUUGAGCCAGGCGAUAUUUCUCCUAAUCUCGCGUGUGCCGGGCGUCGCGGAGAUCCGCAUGAGUCCAACAAGAAUUGCGAUCGGGAUCAAGGGGAACUAUUGAAGGAAUGCCGGAAUCGUUUGGGAGACUUCUGUUUCUGAAGAGGAACACCGGCAAGGGAUCCUGCGUGCAAGUUCGCUGACACAGACUCAGGACUGAGCUGCGGGGUCAUGACAACAUUGUUUGUCCUGCCGAGGCGAGGACCCUGAAACUACUGUGGUUAGUACUCGCAUCUUCCAACUUGGUCUGCGGAGAAUGGCCUUGGAUAGUCUGCCUGCCCGGUGGCAUUCUCGAUCAGUGUUUUCCUCUCGUCCUUUCGGCUCCUUGUGUCCUGGCAGCGAUGGUCUAUUAGAUGGUUCUCGCAAUCUUCUCAACCGCAGGAAAUCAGAAUCUCUUGAGAGUCCGCGCUGUGCCCGGCGCUUAGUUCGAGCUUCUAUCGAUGCUGGUGGAAGCCUUCCCACCGGUCCUAGUCUUCGGACCGAAAGAGGACCCAGCUCCUUCACCUCAUCGCCUUCCUCGUUUGGAUGUCAUCGGUCGUUCAACGAGCAGCAGCAGAGUGCUCCCAGGGUACUGCAGCGAUGGAAGUCUGAUGGAGCAAUGGUCAUGCGAAGGGCCUUACGAUUCGAAGAGUUUGGAGGGGAUGAAAGCUGGAGGCGGCACACCAGUGAAUCUAGUAUUCCGGACGUUUCGCAUGACGGAUUUGAAACAUUUGAUAGUGAUGUAGUUAGUUCCUCGGCCGCCCGCGAGAGUGGGGUUUUCGCGAAAAUUGACACAGGAAUGCGUUUCGACUCUCACUUUGGGAUAGGGGAUUCGGACCACCACGACCGAACGCCGUGCAGUGUCGAGGCUUCGGCGGUGGACGUGACAGCGCCGAGUUUUGUGAGGGAUAGAUCGUUUGCAGAGAGAAGCCAUUUGCCUCCCAGAGGUUUGAAAUCUAGUGUACAGACGAAAGCUGGGGAAGCAGUGAGUAGCUGCACGACGAGGCCCGAGAGUCUUAAGCGUAGAAUGUCGAGGAGCAUGUCUUUCGACAAAGCGCAAGGUAAGGGAGGAUUGGAUCGGCCGGAAACUACUGUUGCUUCUUCCGCGUCAACUCCACUCGGGCCAGCUCCUCAGGGACUGGGAUUUUCCCCGGAGUACGUGGCAAUCCCCGAUUCUCUGAGAAAGCUGAAGAAGCGCAACAGGAAUGUCUUGGCCACCGCAGGAGAAACAGCUUGCUGCUCUAUCAAGAAGGCUUUCGACUCUAUGGUGUUUAUGAUUCGAGCUCUUCAGAACUGUGCCUUCGAGAUGCGUCAGGUUUUCGUUUCCACCAACGAUGUGGAGAGCAUUCUCUCCAUGGUUCAGAGGGAGAUGCAGUCUUCGUUUGUUUGGUUGUUUCAGCAGGUGUUUUCCUGCACACCCACUUUAAUGGUCUCCGUCAUGAUUUUGUUGGCCAACUUCACCGUAUUUUCCUUGGGCAACAACGUCGCUAUCGGAGCUGUUCUGGAACCCCCAACGCCACUGGUUACUAUUUUGCAGAGGAGGGUUGAAUGCGAAGGUACUCUGAUGGGUGUUGACGGGAAGAGCCUUUUCUCCUUCAUCCGUGUUGACACAACAUCGGAUAUUGCGAAUUCCCGUUCUUCAUCAGCUCCCACCAUCUCUCCUGAUAGUGAGCCCACCUCUUGUCGAGGUAGUUUCGGUUCAGGAGGGUUCGGAGGAAGAUCGAUUGUUGUUGCAGGUGGAGAGGAGGGGGAUCACUUCUCUCGAUUCAACAGUAGGAGAAAUGCUAUGUUCUCCGAGAAGGUCUCAGAGACUAAGGACGUCCAAAGGGCCUCUGGUCAAAGGUCUGUGCUGAGACCUGGAAGUGGCGCUUCUGUUUUCUCACCCAAAUUUGAAGACAUCAUCGACGAGACUACAUCUGGUGGAGGUGUUAGUAUCGAGGAAGGGGUUAAGGUCGAAGAGUUGGGAGCGAGCGAGGAACUGUCCUAUCAAAGUCUGCUCGAGCAAACCGCCCGGGAGCUGGAGUUGAAAGCCGGAGAGUCUCAUCAGCACGUGCUUUUAGAUCAAGAGACUCUCCGCAGACUGGUCGCGCCUGUUGUAGCCAGGAUGGAAUCCGAUAACUACACUUGCUUCGAUCGAACGGACCUCGAAUAUCAGCAUGCAAUCCGGGAAGAGCCCACCAAUACGAUGCUCAUGGUCAAUUAUGCCCAAUUUCUCUUCGCUGUUCGCCGGGACAAUCGAGGUGCCGAGCAUUUCUUCUCGAAAGCCUUGAAGCUCGAUAAGGAGGAUGGCGAUAUCUGGGCACGAUGGGCUAUCUUUUUGUGGUUAGGGCGAGAUGAUCGACCAGCCGCCGACGAGGCGUACAGAGCUGCCAUUGCUCUCGAUCCUUGUAACCCAUACCACGCAGGCAGCUAUGCCCACUUUUUAUGGCAUUCUGACGAUGACGAGCCGAAUGUUUUGCUCAUGGGAUAGUCAUGAGUUGACUCUUGAAUUGUUCCGUAUCGAGGUCAUUCAAAAUCAGGAUCUUUUGAUCUUUGAUAUGUUAAUAGAUUAGUCGGUUUGACAUACCCACGCUUUGUUGUAUUAGCGCGAAUGUAUGUAUAUUCACGAAAUCCUUACCCCUGAGUUCCACAACUGGCGAGGAUUCCAGUCCGAGUGGGUACUUUUUCAGCUGUUGUCGAGACGAAGUCUUUGAGAAAGCAGUGAGAAGUAGAGAGACGAGAAGGAAACUUUGAUUCUAUUCGCCGGCUUGCCGGCUUGCCGCCUUGUUCAGGAUUUACCACUUCUGUAUGAUAUUUUACAUAGUGGCAAUCCGCUUACACAGGAAAACCUAGACUGGCUGGCGAUACAUCUGCUUAUUUAUGUAGAAAUUGUAAAGCCGAGGUUUCGGUCCGUCUAUCGUAUCUUUUCUGUGUGUACUCUUCUUCUUGAAUUCAUGGAGCUAUAUCUUUGUAUCGACUUAUCCCCAACGGAGCCUAUUCGUGCGGAAAACUAUCAUGAGGGGGUGUGCGCAACUGGUCGCUUUCCCCACUUAGUCUUGGGACUUUUCACGACGACGAGGAGUGAAGGUCUGAGCUGUGUGA